UUCCAUUCGGUGAUGCUAUUGUCACAGAAAUGACAUACUUCAGCUUUAAUUGUUUAUAAAAUAUGAUUUGGUAUAUUGUAGGAGUACCAUGCUUUAAAACCACCAUGUUCAUAUUCUUUGACGAAUUGUGAUUUAUGCAGAUAGUGUGUUUUAUUUUUUUACUUGUAAACUCUGGAUUGUUUGAUCUGUGAAUGAACAGCAGCUCCGCUAGAGGCGCCCGAGUGCGGCAUGACGUCACUCACAGCAUAGAGCCAACAUGGCGGCGGGAGACGCUUGAUGUUUCAUGAAGAUCACAGCUCUGGAUCCCACCAGAAAAAGAAGCAUCCGUCAGAACAUUUGCUGCUGUCGCCGCCGGGCGCGUGCGGAUCUCGUCAGAGCGGCGUGAUGGCGAUGGGUCUCCUACAGGCCAUCACCUCUCACACUGCGGUGGGCUCCGACACGCCGAACUUAAUUCACUACGGUGGAUGUCAUGAUGUCAUCGCUGACAGCAGAUCAUCUUCGGCUGACAGUGACAGAGGAAAACUGAUGAUUCAUGAAUCUUCCGCUCUCAGCAAGAAAAAGAAAAAAGGAAAGAGAGAGAUCAUCAGCAGCCAGUGGCAGCGCAGAAUUGAGUGAGUACACUACAGGUCAUUACAGCCGUGAGAAGAAGAGGAAGAGAGAGGAAGGAGGUAAAGACAAGGUACAAACAGUCCACUGAGGAAAUAAUACAACAUGAGUCUUAAAACAGCAGAACUACAGUCGGUGUCUGUCGCUCUCUGACUCACAUGCAGAAGAAGAAGGUGUUGAUGGUGUAUCAGAUCUUCUACAAGGAGUACAGGAACAGUAUUCUGGCGGAGGAGACUGGACUCGGUGGGGUUUUCUCUCCAUGAGACUAUUUGGACCCAGAAUUUACAUUUAAGACAGUCAAUCAAGCAGCUCUUGCCUAUUUUAUAUGCAAAAUGCAUCUAUGAAGUGUCUUGUGAGGCUCAUGUGAUGUAACUAACCAAAUGAGUCAAUCAGAAUGAGUUUAAUGUAUUGACAUUUUAUAUAUAUUUUUCAUUUAAAAAAAAAAAUUUUUUUAGAUUUUGGGGACUUGAGUAAAAGACUUGAUGAUGCCUGGAAACAGAUAAGCAGGUGCUUAACACCAUCAUAUGCAUUAUACAUUACCAUCAGCAUCAUAUACACUGUAUGUCAUCAGCAUCAUCAUAUACCCUAUAGGUGUGGUGAGAGAGGUCCAUGUGUCUGCAGCGCAAACGGAUGAAAUCAGACACAAACGUCUCAAAAGGUCAAGACAACAGCAGGGUCAAAGGACAUCAUUCGAGUGGGGUCAUGACCCCUGCAGCUGGAGCACUUGUUUUAAAGCGUCCGGAAACUGCCGACGCUCCGGAUCAGAAUGGAACCGCACAACUGUUUGUUUCAGCUGUCCCAUCAGAGAGCUGGAUGUGGACCCCAUCGAUGCCGCUGCUCGGAGAAUCCCUGUCUCUGAUUGGACGAAGACUGCAGGAGACUGAGCUGAAACUCGACACGCCCGCAGUGAGUGUUCUUCUGCAGGUCUGGUCGGUUUGGGUGCGGCUGCAUCAGUGAUUCACAUGCAUGGAGUGCAUUCACUGAGAGUGAUGAGGAGGUGUGUGUUCAUCUGCUCACACACACUUCAAACUGACCUGAAGACACACACACAUGGAUCCCUCUCAUCAAGGACGCAGUUCUCUGUCUGAGUUGUGUUUGGUCCUGGUGGGCAGCAUCAGCUGUGGAAAGACUCUGACAGCGGACACUCUGUUGGGUCAGAGUUCAUCUGUGAGACCCUCCGCCUCCACACGCGAGUGUCAUGUGCGGCGCGGGCGGUCCGCAGGCCGGAUGCUGAGUGUGGUGGAGACCCCACGCUGGUACUGGCGUGGCAGGCAGCUGGAGGCGGACGUGCAGGUGGAGACACAGCGGGCACUCAGCUUAACCAUGCCCGGACCGCCCGUCUUCCUCAUCCUCAUUCCUGUCGGGGAGUUCACGGAGAUGGAGCAGCGCAUCCCGGAUGAACUCGAGCGGAUGUUCGGCCCGUCAGUGCUGGAUCGCACUCUAGUGCUGCUCACCUGCGGAGAUUACCUGAUGGACCGGACUCUACAGGAGUACCUGAGGAAAGAGGCAGGGCUUCGGGAGGUGGUGCACAGGUGCCGCGGCCACUGUCAUGUGAUCAAUAACCGCAGACCUGACGACAGACAGCAGGUCAACACGCUACUGGAGAAGGUGGAGCAGAUGAUGCACGGAGGCGAGGAGACUUCAGAGGUGCCAGAGAGAUCACAGAUGAAGCUCGAAACAGCAGGAAAGAUGAUGUGGAAUGGAGAAAAACAAACACACAGCACAAACACAUCUGACAGACACAAAGAGGAGACAGGAAGUGAUGUCAUGAUUGACAAACGAUUGAUCAAUGGGCUUCACUCACAACAGUACGAGUGUGUAGAGACAUACAGCGCAAACACACACACACUGCUCGAGAGAAGCCCGAGCUUCAAACUUAAUAAAGAGGGCGCCAUUCUCAGUCAGCUGUUGGAGGGGUCAGAGGUUCAAUCCACCCAGAGCUUCAUCAACACCAUUCAUCACAGUAUUAAGAAGGAUUUGGACGCCAGUGAAACUGCUGUAUGUUCCUCCUCUGAUGUUCAGAACGAUUGUCAUCUGCCGGAACUCAGGAUAGUUCUGUUGGGUCGUCGUGGUUCUGGGAAGAGUUCGGCAGGGAAUGUCAUUCUAGGCAACAAGUUGUUUGGCCUGCACAGUGAUGUCACAGCCAUCUCUCAGCGCUGUGUGAAGGGUCGAGCGGUUGUACAUGACAGACAGGUGUCUCUGAUUGACACUCCAGACUGGUUUGAGUCUGAGAGAUCUCCUGAGGAGGUGAAAGGUCAGAUCUCAUCAUGUGUGGCUCUGUCGGCCCCGGGGCCUCAUGCGUUCCUGCUCUGCGUCCCUGUCAACCGUCCUGCACACUCUGAGCUGGAGGCCCUGCGAGCGCUGGAGGCCGUGUUCGGAUUUAACGCCGUCAGACGCCACACGAUCAUCCUCUUCACACACUGUGAUCUGCUGCCGGAGGGUGGCACGGACAUGGAGCGGGUGGAGGAGUACAUCACCACACAACGCCCGGAGAUGCUGCAGCUGGUGGAACGAUGCGGAGACCGAUAUCACGUUCUGCAACAUGACGAGCAGAAGAGCGGCGUGAAGGAGCUGCUAGAGAAGGUGGAGCAGACCGUGAAGGAGAGCGGAGGAACUUUCUACAACAGCGAGAGUCGAGACCACACGAGACCAGACCAGAUCUCCUCCACCGUCUGGAGAGAAAGACAGAGAGACAAACCGAACACGUCGCACUCUUUGCACGCGCUCAGAGAGACGGAGGAAGAUGAGGUGGUGAUGGACGGUGUCGUGAGCAUGGCAUCAGGGCAGAACGUUUGUCUGGAGUCCCCAACGCCUCCAUCACUGCUGCACUCCGUCUGGGACAGUGUGGGGUCGGGCGCCAGACGGGUGCCAAAACUCAUUGCGGUGGGCGCUCUGGUAGGAGCGGCGCUGGGCGUGUUUCUCGCAGGAGCUGUAGGUGGAGCUGUAGGAGCGGUUGUGGGCUCUGUAGUCAGUGAGGUGGGCAGAAGGAGGUACACUAAACACAAAAUACAGUGAUUCAUGUAGAGAACAUGGAUGAAGGAUGGAUGAAACGUUCAUAUAUCUGUGGAGGUGCAUUACUGGACUUUCUGCUCUUCACUGUGAACUAUAAAAUGAUUCUUGGGUUUGUAGGUUAUUUUUUGCAUCAUAUAAAUACAAUGUAACAACGUCAAUGUACAAACUCAUUAUUUGAAAUCUAUAAAUAGGGUGAAUACAGGUAAAGUGGGACACUUAUUAGUCUUGAGAAAAGACACUAUUGUUCAACAGAUUCAUUCAUUUAUAUCUGUAACAAAGACAUACAAAUGUUAUGUGUUAAUUAACAAAUGUGCUCUGUUCCAAAAUCUAGUGAGCUCCCUACAUAGGGUAUAGGAUGUUACGACAUCAUUUGUUAAUUAUUGACCUGUUUCAGUGAUGUCACUUUUCCCCGCAGCCGCCAUAUUUGUGACCAUCAACGGAAGGAAACGAUGGCAGUGAAUGGAAAAACACCUGUAAAAUGAUAUCAAGAAAAGCAUUAAAAAACGCUUUUGAUCCAUGCCAAGUCCCAAGAAAGGUGUAUACAGGUCUGAGUUCAGCACAAAUAUUGCCAAAUUUGACUUUCGCAGACAUUAAAAUAUAUUUUAUCCAUGAUUCAACUCCGGACGGCGGCGAGUCUGAUGUGUGACCGGCGAGUGCAAACGCCUACCGGUACAUCACCGUAAACAUCUCUCAUUCAGAAGUUACACAUGUUUGUGUUGUUUUCUGCUCUGAUUUGGUUAUAAUAUUAUAAAACGUCUGUGAUGAUCCCAUCUGUAUGUAUGUAAGAGCUGCUUUUAACUCAUGAAGUUUCAGUAUAAAAUUGUUCAAUCUCAUUCUGAAUGCACUGUUUUACUCCAUAUAUGUGUGUGCUUCAUAGUUUGUUUAUUAGAGUAUCACAGUGUUAGUUUAGCAACAUGCUAACAUCAAACUGUCAUAUAAAGAGCACUAUUUGUGUGAUGUACAGAGAUGAUGCGUAUGUAAAGUGUUUCAUUCAGUCACUUGUUAGGAUGCUGCCUAUGAAGACAGUAGACAGCAGCUCACUGUGUUUUGAACAGAGCUCGUGUGUCUCCUCAUAUCAUACAAAUGUGAUUUUAGAAAUGUUUGUUUCAUUUACAGGAUGUGAAUCUACAUUCUUUUUUCUUGUCAGGUUUAUUGGCAAAAGUCAAAUGCUGUGGAACAAAAUGGAUUAAAUGUCAAAUAAAGGAGAGGGGACAGACAGGGUUUGGGUUAGAGAUUAUUCUUAUUUCAUUCAGAUACCAUACAUUUACAUUUAAUCAUUUAUCUAAAGUGACUUCCAAAUGAGGAACAAAACAGAAGACAGAUUUGUUUUUUGUUUUUUGCAGAAGCGUGGUUAUAUAAAAAUGCUGUGAAGAAUUAUUUGAGAUAUGUCACCUUCAUACUACAAAUUUCUAAAUCACAAUUUUUUCCAUUGAAAACUCUGUCACAUGUGUAUUAUAUUAUUAUCAGUCUCCCAUGAGUUCAUGUCUAUAAUAUGCAUGUUAAUAAAUAUCUGAAUUCUCAUUAGAAUUUGUGUU